AACUAUGACGGCGGUUUGGGACCGAAUGCGAAAUCCAUGUGGAUGGAAAGGAGGUGCUAAACAAAUAUCCGUUGAUGCUAUGAUACCACUUUUUGCGGUACCUCUUUUGGCAAUAAUAGCCGCCCAGUCAAUUCUUUGUACCAUCAUAAUAUUUCUUGCUACACCAAUUCUGGUUUAUUAUUUGCAUCAUAAUUUCUUAAGGUUUCUCUUAAGAACAAAAUUUUUUCUCAUGUGGACGAUCACGAGCGUGUUAAUGCUAAUGAUAGUUUUUGAAGUCAGUGUUGUGCCAUUACUUGAGAUUUUACCAGGGGAGAAUUUAUUUUUCAUAAUAUGCGUUGCCGGAGGCAUAUGUUGCGGCUCUAAGACAAGACUGAAUGCGGAUCGUAUUGCUCAGGAAGGUGCUGCAGAGCAAGGUUUAGAGCUUGGAGAAGGAAGCGGAGAGUUAUGUGUAACUUGUAGAAGAAGAGCACCACCUAAAGCUUAUCACUGCCGAAUGUGUCAAACAUGUAUACUUAAUAGAGAAUAUCAUUGUAAAUGGUUGGACUGUUGCAUUGGUUCUAGUAACUUACGAUGGUAUUUAGGAUGCUUACUAUUUUCAGCAAUAGCUUUUAUUUAUGGCUCUAAUCUGACUAUGACAAGCGUUUGCCAUCCUUUUAUUUUAAUUGGUACAGUGCUCUUACCGGAUGACUGCAGUGAUGUUUAUCAUCAAUUAGACAUCGCUCUCUGCUUCAUCUCAGCAGUCUACAGUUUACUUGUUGGCCUAGUAGUAUUUUGUUAUUUAAUUCAUCAUCUAUGGCUAAUUUAUCUUGGAACAACAUCGAAUGAACGUCGUUUACGAACACCUAGAAAUCAAUAUGAUCAUGGAAUUUUAAAAAAUGUAUCACGGUUAUUUUGUUGCAAAACUUAGAUACAAAUAAUAGGUAGUCUAGGAUAUUGUAUUUACUUUGUACAGAAUAUAUUUUAUUUGUUGUCAAGAGAAUAAAAUGAUCAUAUAAAACUAUGAUUGUCAGGUUAGAUAUUUGAAGUAUAACAGAUAAUAAUAUUAUUUACUUAUCUAUAUUUCUUUCUUCUGUUUUCAAUGUCUUUUUUUAUGAUACUUUAGAAAAAUAAGUUUACUCAUUGAAUGAUAUUACAUUCGAUGUAUGUGUGUGUCAUAAAUUGUGUGAUAUACUUAUAGGAUUUACGUAUAUCAGGAUUGAUAAUGGUAUAUUAUAUUAUGAGUGUACCAGCCAUAAAUCAAAUUUCUGGUAUUGUGUCAAGGCAUUACUAUGUUUAGUAUUUAAAUAUUUAUUGUAACUGUGAUAAAAAAUUUAUUAUGUGGUAAUUACUUAUCUCUUUUUUAAACGAAAUAUAAAAUCAAAAAUAUGUAAUUUAUAUAAAAUCUUUGAACUUUAUAUUGUAUAAAAGUGAUUAUUCUAUCUGUGAAACUAUCAUAUCGUUAACGUAUAGCAGUAAGCAUAUUUUUUAUGAUAAAAUAAUGUUAAACACCACGUAUAAGAUAGUUCAUAAAUAUUAUUUUUAGUGUUUA